AUGUAUCCCAACCUUCAAGAAGGCAGCAAGCAGCACAACACAGGGAGUGCCAAAGAAAUUACUUCACUGGUAGUGCAGGAAACUUGUGCACUCAGAACUGACAGACUCACGACUCAAGGGGCAAUGACUCCUGGUAAUGUGCUUGCCGCACCACUGCUAUGGUGCCCCCAGACCCCCUCUGCCCUCCACAGAGACCAGGAGGUACAGCAGGAGGAGAGGGAUCAACUAAAGGUACAGCAACUUGGUAUCCAAGGAACAGCCUCAAUGAGUUUAUCUAUUUUUAAUCUAGCCAACUCCAUUGUAGGCAGUGGAAUUUUAGGACUUUCCUAUGCUCUAGCAAACACAGGAUUAAUACCAUUUUUGUUCCUUUUUAUUUUAGUAACAAUCCUGACUGGUUAUUCAAUCAAUCUUAUGUUGGCUUGUUCAGAGAAAACAGGAUGUUUGAAUUUUGAAAAGAUGGGUGAGAAAAUCUAUAGCAUCAAAGGGAAGUAUAUCAUAUUUGGAACCACCUUUCUCCAGAACAUGGGAGCCAUUCUGAGCUACCUUUUUAUAAUAAAAAGUGAACUGCCUGGUGUCAUAAAAGUUCUUAUAGGAAAGGAAGAAGAAUUUCCAAUAUGGUAUUUGGAUGGUCGAAUACUUAUUAUAUUAAUUACCAUUGCUAUUAUUUUUCCUCUCUGUCUCAUGAAGCACUUAGGGAUUAUUGGAUAUACCAGUGGACUUUCUUUAACAUGCAUGCUUUUCUUUCUCAUAGUGAUUAUCUAUGAGAAAUUUAAAUUAAGUUGCCCCAUGCCAGGAAUAGAUGAAUCAACACUUUCUAAUGCAACAAUUAAGGAAAUGUGUACAUCAAGAUACAUUGUGCUCAACUUUAAGAGUGUUUAUGCUUUACCCACUAUUGCCUUUGCAUAUGUGUGCCAUCAAGCAGUCCUUCCAGUUUACAAAGAUCUUAAAGAACGUUCAUUGAAAAAUAUGAAGAUUGUUACCAAUGUUUCCAUUUUGUCCAUGUGUUUUCUGUAUCUCAUGACUGCAUUUUUUGGCUACCUGACAUUCUAUGGUAAGGUACAUUCAAGUCUGCUUCAUAAAUACCCAGAUGACGAUAUUCUCAUCCUAAUAGUUCGAUUGUCAGUAAUGAUGGCAGUCACCCUCACAAUUCCAGUAUUAUUUCUCACAUCUCGUGAAUCUCUGGCUGAACUACUUAAGAAAGCAUAUUUCAAUUUAGGUGAACGUAUUGUGAUUGCUGUGGUAAUCUUAGGUUUGGUUGACCUUUUGGUAAUCUGCGUACCCACCAUGAAAGACAUUUUUGGAGUCCUGGGGACAACAACUGCCAAUAUGUUGAUCUUCAUUAUUCCUACAAUUCUGUUUUUAAAAAUCACAAGCCAGGAUAGUGACAAAAAAAAUGAAAGACUUGGGGCUAUGUCUCUCUUAGGAUUAGGAAUCAUAUUCUCCACCAUCAGCAUUCCUUUGGUCAUCUAUGAUUGGGCAACUUCUGCAGAUCUACCUGAAACAGGAUGA